AUGGCUAUGAAAUCUCGGUUCAAUCUUGAAGAAUUUGGACUUGUAAUAGUUGUCCUGAGUUCCCUAUUUUAUUCAACAGCCGCCUCUUUAACUCAUUAUACACUGUUUCCAAAUUCACAUUACGAUUAUGGCUGUGAAGUUUCAGAUGGAAACCAAAUAUGCUUUAUGGAAUUGAUGACUUAUAAUAAAAUCAUUGAUGAUGUUAAAAGCACAAGAAUUUGGGUGCGUCCAAGUGAUAAUCAACAUUUUAACGUCUUACAUUUUAAGGAUUCAAAUCAAUGGAGUGAUAAAUCAAAUGCCACAAUUGAAAUUUGUAAUGAAUUGUUAUCAAAUUAUGAUGAUCAAAUAGAUUAUUGUGGAUAUAGACUUAGACUUAAAAGAAAACAAAUGAAUAAUGAAGAUUGGAUCUUAUGGAAUAAAAUGAUGGAAUUUACUGCACAGACUUAUGAAGAGCCAAAAUGUGAGAAAAUAACUAAAUCUUGCGGAUUAUUGUCAACUUUGAUUCAAGUUAUGCUUCAACCAAUCAAAUAA